UCCCAUACUUCCACUCUCUCUCUAACUUUGUAGAGAGAGAGUAUCAUUUAAAGAAAAAAACAACUUUUAGAGAGAAACUGAAGAAGCAAAGUUGAAAACGAUGAAGCUCAUUUGGUCUCCUGAAACAGCUUCUCAAGCUUAUAUCGAAACAGUGAAAUCGUGUGAGAAAUUCACAGAAUCCGGAGUGGCCGAGCUUCUUUCUGCCAUGGCAGGCGGUUGGAACGCCAAGCUCAUCGUCGAAGCCUGGUCCCACGGGGGUCCCAUGGCAACGAGCGUGGGGCUCGCCGUCGCUGCCCGCCACACGGGCGGAAGACACGUGUGCAUAGUGCCAGACGAGAGGUCUCGGCAAGAGUACCUCAAGGCCAUGCGGAUCGGCGGCGCCGGCUCUAACGCUUUUCCGAUGCCGGAAGUGGUGGUCGGGGAGGCCGGUCCGGCCAUGGCGGAUCUAUUAGGUGUUGAUUUUCUGGUCGUUGACUCGAAGCGGAGGGACUUCGGUAGAGUUUUGAGAGUGGCCAAAGUGAGCAGCAGGGGAGCCGUUUUUGCAUGCAAGAAUGCAUGGCAACGAAACGUUUCCGCGUUUCGAUGGCAGUGGGCGGUCGAGAGGGGGACACGUGUCGUCAGGUCAGUUUUUCUUCCCGUGGGGAAAGGAUUGGAUAUCGCUCACAUAGGGAGCUCUAAUGGUGAGACUGCAGGGUCAAGGAAAGCUCCUAGCCGUUGGAUCAAACAUAUCGAUCAACGGUCGGGAGAGGAACACGUGUUUCGGGAGUGAUUUUUGACUUGCAGGGGAAGAAACGAACGUCAAUAAAUUUUGAUGCACAAAAAUGAUCAUAAUCAUUCAUUAUGGUCAUUGUAUAGAGAGCUAAUAUA